UCCAGAUGUGCAGCACCAUGAGGGCCCUGGUGCCUCUGUUGUCCCUGUUCCUGCUGGGUGGCCAGGCCCAGCAUGGGUCUGACUGGACCUACUCAGAAGGAGCACUGGACGAAGCGCACUGGCCACAGCACUACCCCGCCUGUGGGGGCCAGAGACAGUCGCCCAUCAACCUGCAGAGGACGAAGGUGCGGUACAACCCCGCCUUGAAGGGGCUCAAGCUGACGGGCUAUGAGACCCAGGAGGGCGAGUUCCCCAUGGUCAACAACGGCCACACAGUGCAGAUCAGCCUGCCCUCCACCAUGCGCAUGACAGCAGCCGACGGCACUGUGUACAUAGCCCAGCAGAUGCACUUUCACUGGGGAGGAGCGUCCUCGAAGAUCAGGGGCUCUGAGCACACCGUGGAUGGGAUCAGACAUGUGAUCGAGAUUCACGUUGUUCACUACAACUCUAAAUACAAGAGCUAUGAGAUAGCCCAAGAUGCACCGGAUGGUUUGGCUGUACUGGCAGCCUUCGUUGAGGUGAAGGAUUACCCUGAAAACACUUACUACAGCAGCUUCAUUUCUCAUCUGGCCAACAUCAAGUACCCAGGACAAACAACAACCCUGACUGGCCUUGACAUUCGGGACAUGCUGCCCAAGAACCUCCAGCACUACUACAGCUACCACGGCUCCCUCACCACGCCUCCCUGUACCGAGAACGUCCACUGGUUUGUGCUGGCGGAUUUUGUCAAGCUCUCUAGGACACAGGUAACGCUGUGCAGAGGGGACCACGAUUGGCACCUGGCCACCCUAAAACUUACACAAGUGCACGCUGGGGAGCAGGCGCUCAGCCCUUCCCAGGAGCGCCGCUGUCCGGAGAGAAGAAUGCAGGGCUGGAGAGAAGCAGAAGAGGGCCUCUGGGCUUCAGAGGGGAUCGGCGUCGCGGGGCUGGUGGACGAUGACCUGCUGACGACCACUGGACCGGGCUAUCUCUGUGAGGGACAGCAGCUGCUCUCCAUCCUCCCCAGUUCUCAGUCCGUGUGCUUUGAGUGGGAUGUGUCAGAGUGCUACAACCUGUUAGCUACAAGGAUUGUUCUCAGGGAUAGAUGUGAUCAAGGAGCCCUAUCAGGUCCCAUCCCAGAAUGUGGGAGGACUCAACCACAACAUGCACAAAACUAA